CUCUGGAGCUUGUUUCCGGCCACCUCAGCGGGAAUCGGAGACGCGAGCAGCUGGGUCUUUGGGAACUGAGGAAGAGGUAUAACUGUUGUCGCGGAGGAGCAAGUCAAGACGCACCUACGGCCGUCCGGGCCAGUGUUGAGUUUCCGUAGCCUGUGAAGAUGGUGUUGCUCACGAUGAUCGCCCGAGUGGCGGACGGGCUCCCGUUGGCCGCCUCGAUGCAGGAGGACGAACAGUCUGGCCGGGACCUUCAACAGUACCAGAGUCAGGCUAAGCAACUCUUUCGAAAGUUGAAUGAACAGUCCCCUACCAGAUGCACCUUGGAAGCUGGUGCCAUGACUUUUCACUACAUUAUUGAACAGGGGGUGUGUUAUUUGGUUUUGUGUGAAGCUGCCUUCCCUAAAAAGUUGGCUUUUGCCUACCUAGAAGAUUUACAUUCAGAGUUUGAUGAACAGCAUGGGAAGAAGGUGCCAACUGUGUCUAGACCCUAUUCCUUUAUUGAGUUCGAUACCUACAUUCAGAAAACCAAGAAGCUUUACAUUGAUAGUCGUGCUCGGAGAAACCUAGGCUCCAUCAACACUGAAUUGCAAGAUGUGCAGAGGAUCAUGGUGGCCAAUAUUGAAGAAGUGCUACAACGGGGAGAAGCACUCUCAGCAUUGGAUUCGAAGGCUAACAAUUUGUCCAGUCUGUCCAAGAAAUACCGCCAGGAUGCGAAGUACUUGAACAUGCGUUCCACUUAUGCCAAACUUGCAGCAGUAGCUGUAUUUUUCAUCAUGUUAAUAGUGUAUGUGAGAUUCUGGUGGCUGUGAAGUAGUGAAUCCAGUCACUGGCAAGGGAGAACCUAGAACCCAGCAGGUGUAUGUUUUCAGGAAGCUGAGCUCACAGAGAUGCAUAUUAGAAUCCAAGUGGAACUUCUGCCUCUAAAGACCUUGCAAGGAAAGACGUGUCCUGAAAAUGAAAGAUUACACCUCAUUUAAUGAAGCUUAGCCCUAUGUAGAAAGUGUCUUUUGGGGGCAGAGGCUUUCUCUGGGUGCUAAGCCAUAUAUGUUAGGGAACAGUAGAUUGUUUUAUUUGUUUUUUUCCCUCCCAGUGUUUUACAUUUUUAAAACAGCACUGACUGGGCAUUCUCAUCUCUAAUGGAGCCGUCAGUGAGAUUUGGCUUAACCAACCUGUGCUAGCAACAGUCUGAAAUCCCUUCAGAGAAGGAAGCCCUUUGGAAAGUUUUUGGACUCUGUUUAAUCAACAUUCCGUUUGUUGGUGACACUUGUGAUUUUUCAGCAAUCUGAGUUGUUGAUGGCCUUUUAAAUGAGACUCCAGUAUGUGAAGGUUAAUUGCUGUGCUGCAAGAGAUCCUGUCUAUUGGCCCCUGUAGGAAGUUAACCUUUGUUGUUUUCCAUUUAUGAUGUUUUGCUUAUUGCACAAUUGCUUUAGGGUUAAAUGAAUUAUAUUGAUGCCUUGAAAUUAUAGCACUCCGUGAUUAAGAAGCUAAAAUGUUUUCUGUCAUUUACUCCUUAAAAGACUUAAAUGUUUUGUUUGGGACAUUCUUAAUUUUAUUUUUCCGCAUCUGGUUUAUAUUAAUCUAAGGGUGAAUGUAGCAUACUGAUAGCCAGAGGCCCCUGACUUAGUGACAAAGAGAGGCCGGCUCAUGACUACAGCUUUGUCCUGCCCCUUUCUCACUUUUUCUCCACUACGAUUUUCCCCACUCUUCCUCCUGCCACAAUUUGCUAACAUUUUUUAAAUUCCUCUAUGUCCAAUAGUUUCAUGUCCCUCUCAGGAUAUCCUCAAAUUUCAAAAUGGAAAAUAUUCCGUUGUAGUUAAUUAAAUUGAAAUUUUUCAGAGCAGCUACUCAAACUACUAAACACAUUUAUCUGAAAAUCUGAGAGUACCUUGUAUCUGCUUCAGUUAUGUAAUUCUCUGAGAAUGUUCUAGAAAUAGGUAACUCAUUUACAGUAGCUUCUAUUAACAAAUAAAAGUACCUAUGAUUUUUCUCUUUUUUGCUCAGGGAUAAUGGGGAUUUCCUUUUACCUUCUGAGGUAGAAUUUUUUAAAUGGGGAGAAUAGGCCUUUUAAAUAUUGUCACCAGGGUCUGCAAUAUAACCUAUAAUUCCUACACAUAGUGCAAACAUUUCUUUAAAUUGUACAGGAAAAUGAGCCUGCUUCUUAAAAUCUUUGGAAAGAACUUUAACCAGUAAGCAAUUUUAUAACUCAGGAUCAUCAAACCUACUGUUCUGAUUCCUGAUAGAGAAAAAAAAUUCUAUUUCUUUAAAACAAGGCAAGGAGAAAUGCUUAUUUUAUUCCUGAUAAUUUACAGAACUAGAAUAAAAUUUUUUUCUUUCCAUUUUGGACUUAUGUCUGCCAAUUGGAGUUUUGUGCAUGAAAUAAGAAGUUACUUUUUAUAGAGAAUAAGUGCUUUGAAGUCCCUAAAAGGCUUAUCCUAAGUAAUGAUAUUGGUAAUAAAAGCCUUUGAAAGGCUGAAAACCUAAGUAGCAGUACCAUAGCAUUUGGUACUUCUGUAGGAGUGGAGAGUGGCAGCUCGUUGAGAGUUGUAUGCUGCAACCAAGUAGUCAGCAAUGAAAUAAAUACUUCUAGAAUGUU